AUGUCUUCUCCCGGAUACUCGACUGUUCAUGCGGGGCGCUCCAACUACGGUCCAGGACCAACCAGGACUGCGCCUACGAUUACGUCUCAUGCCCCCCCGUUGCGUUCAGCUUCUACCAGGAGAUAUUCUCCGGAUGCCCUCCUUGGUCCAGACGCACCCACACAACCUCGGAAUUACGUUACGCCGUCUGCUACCUCUCGCAAAGAGAUCCCCUCGUAUUUCAUAAAACAACAACGCCGGCUUUCCCCACCUCAGGCCACUGGGAUGUCUGAAGACGAGGACGAUGAACUCACGGAGGAGCCGCCAGCGGAGAAUGCCACUGAUCAGGAAAAAAUCGACUACAAACGACGACAGAAUACUCUUGCUGCCCGACGUAGCAGGAGGCGCAAACUGAUGUACACUCAGCAGUUGGAGGCUACUGUCGAAAAUCUGACAAGGGAAAAGGAUGUGUGGCGUACUCGAGCGUUGACGCUUAGGCAACUCUUGAGGAGUCAUAAUAUACCUUGUCCUGAGUUCAAGGAGUAG